AUAAGAGUUAUAAUCCGUUAGGAGAUAGCUCUCGAAGUUUGCCGUUUGAUUUGGUUAUACAUGCUUAAAUUGUAUCCUCGCGUCUACAGACAAUGCCGCCGCUAAAGCUCCACGAACUAGCCAGUGAUGAGGAGUUCAAGCCGAUGGUUGAGGUAGAACAUGAGGCUUACAGCAAACCACUGAACGGCGUCUGGGAGAUCUUGAAAGGCUCUUCGAAGGACGAGUUCUGUUCCCGUCAACUAUCGUGGCAUAAGAGUGACCCUACUAGCCAUUGGGUCUAUGUUACCGAUGAAGCGACCGGCGAAGUGAUUGGCGGAACACAAUGGAAUAUUCAUAAGACGAAUCCAUUUGCAGUUGAGCGGACCCCGUUGACGGCUUACUGGUUACCUGAAGGCACCUUGAAACAGAUUGGGGAUCAGCUCAUGCUUGCCUGGGAGUCAAAGCGUCCUACCUUUGCAAGUAAACCACAUCUUCUGAUAGAAUUCUGCUUUGUGCAUUCCGCACACAGAAGACAAGGCGCUGCGACCUUGAUGUUGAAUUGGGGGACCAAAAAAGCCGACGAGCUAGGAUUAGAGAUAAUCGUCGAAUCUACCGAAUCUGCCCGUGCAGUAUAUGAGAAAAGCGGAUUCUAUGUCAUCGACGACCUCUAUCUAGACGCUCAUGUGGAGAAUCCGAGCGAGGAAUUCGAGGAAACAAGAAGGAAGCUUGGAUGCCCUAUUCAUGGUUUCGUCAUGAAGCGAGACCCAGUUCCUACGAAGUAAACCUACAUGUAUCAUGUUAUAGAUGAUGACAGCUAGUUCAUACACUCAUUUCUACGGGUUGGCGGAUAACUCACAAGUUAGCACAAAUUACCUUCUUUCUAAAUUCCAACGUCUUCGGACAAUGGUUGGAUCCUACAGUUACUACUACUCAGGCAGCCAUUUGAAUAUCAUUCCUAAGAUACUU